AUGGACCAGGCCCCAGCGAAAGAGGUGACGGUCGAGAAGAAGCGGAUGUGUGAGGGUGCCGACUGCGAGAACGAUGCCGGAGCAUUACAGUGCCCAACAUGCCAAAAGCUAGGGAAAGAGGCCUUCUUCUGCAGUCAAGAUUGUUUCAAGAGGAAUUGGAGUACACAUAAGGUCCUCCACAAAGCACAGAACAGUAUGCUCUCCAAGAUCAUGACACCUAGCGUCGUAUCCUUACCAGACGCAGAUGGACACUUCAACCCCUUCCCUGCCUACCCUUUCACGGGUAGCCUCAGACCUGUCUACCCAUUGUCUCCGCGCCGCACGGUGCCAGACCGGAUAAAGCACCCAGACUAUGCGCAUAAUGGAAUACCCAAAAGCGAACAGGUUUUCGUCGGUCGCAACAAGAUCAAGGUCCUCACAAAGCAAGAACAAGAAGGCAUGCGAAAAGUAUGCCGGCUGGCUCGUGAGGUGCUCGACAUUGCUGCUCGUGAAGUCAAGCCUGGGGUGACAACCGACCAUAUCGAUAAGGUUGUACACGAUGCAUGCAUGGAGCGAGAUUCCUAUCCAUCCCCGCUGAACUACUGCCAUUUCCCGAAGUCGGUUUGUACGAGUCCAAACGAAGUUAUCUGCCACGGUAUUCCGGAUCAUCGACCGUUGCAAGACGGCGACAUCCUCAACAUCGACGUCACGCUCUACCACGGUGGCUUCCAUGGAGACUUGAAUGAGACCUAUUACGUUGGCGAGUCAGCGGCCCAGAACCCAGACAACGUGCGAGUCGUCGAGGCAUCCCGAGGCUGCCUGGAUGAAGCCAUCAAGCUCGUCAAGCCAGGAGCGCUCUUCCGAGACUAUGGCAACACGAUCGAGAAGGUGGCGAAGUCACGGAAUUGCCAAGUCGUCAAGACGUAUUGUGGACACGGCAUCAACCAGCUCUUCCACUGCGCACCGAAUGUCCCUCACUACGCGAAGAACAAGGCCGUCGGCGAAGCAAAGCCUGGCAUGUGCUUCACUAUCGAGCCCAUGAUCACUAUCGGGUCGUACAAGGACAAGACGUGGCCGGACGAUUGGACUUCUGUGACGACGGAUGGCUCAAGGACAGCUCAGUUCGAGCACACGCUGCUGGUGACUGAGACUGGCGUCGAGAUCCUGACUGCACGGACCGAGGAUUCGCCUGGUGGAAAGGUGCCGAUGCCAGAAGGGUUCAUGGCAGAUGGAAAGCGGGUAGAGACGAACGGUGCUGCAGAGACGAAUGGCGUUGCGAAAACGAACGGCACUUCACAUUGA